AGGAAGCGGUGCGUCUGACUGCACUGUGUUUAAUAUGCUGUAUUAAAGCUGGAGAUACUUUCACACAUUCUACCGCGUCAUGGAUGCUUCUAAAGCGCCACUGAAUCUUAUUUAAGCCUCCCGUGUUUAUCUGUGUGUGAGAGAGAGGAAGGAUGGAGGACGACCUGGUGUGUGAGUAUGACUCCACCUGGGACACCGAGAGUGACGGAGAUGAUGUGGGUACAGUGAACGCUGCACGGCGCCCGGGCCCAAAUAAAAAAACAAAGCCUGCAUUUUGGUCCAAUUCAUCCUCCAGAAAUCUGCGGGCAGCGAAGGACAUGCAGAACUACAGACACGGCUAUCCGCAUAUUAUAGACGAGGACUGUACGGAGAAGAUGCUCAAUUUAAAAUUCUAUCUGAACGAAAUCAAGUCGUCUCCUGAUGACGUAUCGAUCGAGACGUUUCAUAAUGACUGGAAAGCUGAUUAUAAGAGGCUGGAGAGAGUUCAUUCCUACAUCCAGUGGUUGUUUCCGUUGCGAGAGCCCGGUGUGAAUUAUAUGGCUACAGAACUCACCAAGAAAGAAAUCCAGGCGUUCCGAGAGAAUGAAGAGGCGAAAAGUCGGCUCGUCGAAUCCUACGUGCUCAUGCUGGGGUUCUACGGCAUCCAGCUGGUGGAUAGAGACACCGGCAAAGUGAAACGUGCCGAAAACUGGAGGGAUCGUUUCGCUAAUCUGGAGAGGAACAUGCACAACAACCUGCGGAUCACGCGCAUCCUGAAGAGCCUGGGCGAGCUGGGCUUCGAGCACUACCAGGCCCCGCUGGUGCGCUUCUUCCUGGAAGAGACCCUGGUCAAGAAGACGCUGAGCAGCAUCAAGCGCAGCGUCCUGGACUACUUCCUGUUCGCCGUGCGCGACAAGCGAGAGCGCCGCGACCUCGUCUGCUUCGCCUUUCAGCACUUCGAACCCAAGGACAAGUUCGUGUGGUGCCCGAGGAGAAUUCAGAAGCGCUUCAAGAACGCCGAAAAGAAGCCGGAGUCGCCCGGGCGGAGCCUGAAGAGAGACGAGGAGGACAGGACGCGCUGCGAGGGCUCGUCUGUGGACCCGGAACCGGAGAGUAAAGGUUCCCCGGGGGUUCCCUCGCCCCUGAACAACGGGGGCCACGCCGAUAACGGGGACAUGGACGAUUCCAGCGGUAGUGACACCAAGAUCGAUGAUGAUGAUGAUUACGAUGAUGACGACGAUGAUGAAGGAAUGAAGAUAAAUCCUGCCAAGACGAGCAAGGACGAAGCGUCCGGAUCCGACCAAAUCGCGAACGAGGAGCCGAGCGUCUCUCCGAAAGUGCCGAGCUCCAGGAAGGACGUCGUUCUGAGCCCCAAACACGUCCUGCCGUCCUCUCCGCUGCCCAAACGGGCGGAAAAACUUCCCAGAACCGACCCCGAGCUUUCGUUAUCAGAUUCUGGAGACGCCGCUCCCACCAGCUCGCCAGAGGAACGAAGGAAUUUGGAGACGAAGCCUGAUGAGGAGAACGUCGUUCCGAAGGACAAAGGAGAGCCGAUGGACACGGAGUCCGGCGCAGGAGGGUCAUAAAUAAACGGGAUGGUGUAGAAGGACGUGUCAUGAACUUUAGUUCGUAUUAAACGGACCGAUCGAAGGAAACGUCUUUAAUUACAGAAUGAAUUGAAUCGCUUUACGUUGUGUUGAAAGAUGCAGAAAUUAUUUACGCAGAAAUAUGUUUUCAUGCUCUGGAGACGUCGGCGCUCCACCUCGUCCUCUCUCAUGUCUGCUUGGUCUUGUCUGUGAUUAAAUUAUUUUUAUUUGGA